GUUUGUUGCCUCAUAGGUGGAGAGGAGAAGUUAAGGAUAGUGUAGAGUAAACAUUUAUAAAAAAUAAAAAUAAAACGGUGUGCAGGGACUGCUGCUAGCCACGAUGGACCCUUUAGAGAACAGUCUGUCAGACAUGCCUGCUUAUGAAAACACCGAGGAUGAGCAGUUUCCACCUCUCCCACCCCCCCUCUCCCCCAGGGACGGGGACCCCUUCGCAACUGAUGACGAUCCUGGAGAGGUGUCAAAGCUUGAAGAAGCUCCAGUAGCCAAAAAGAGGUCUGUGAAGAGACCACAGCCAAAACUGGAUUCACAAAGGUUGAUUUCUGAAAGGGGACUUCCAGCACUCCGAACCAUGUUCAACAGUGUAAGAUUCAAAGGCAAAGGACAUGAGGCUGAAGACCUGAAGGUCCUCAUGCAGCACAUGGAACACUGGGCUCACAGACUGUACCCUAAACUACAGUUUGAGGACUUCAUUGAUAGGCUGGAGGUUUUAGGAAAUAAAAAAGAAGUUCAGACUUGCCUCAAACGAAUAAGACUGGAUAUGCCACUUACACAUGAAGACUUCAUGACUAAAGAUGAUGCAGUUGAGGACAAUGAGCUUAAUAGAUCAACCCAUCUGUUUGAAGACUCUGAGCCCUUUUUCUGUGAAAGUCAAAGCGUACCAGUGGUCCAGUCGACUCCCAGUGCCAGCAGCAGCCUGACGGAGGAGCAGAGGCAGCGAAUCGAGCACAACAAGCAGCUGGCCUUGGAGAGACGCCUGGCCAAACUGCAGCAGGACAACAGCCAGUCUCUGAUCAGUAAUGCUCAGCCUCCAGUUACACAGCGCUCUCCUGCCAAACCCACAGAUCCAGACGAGCUGGAUAGUGACUUGGCCACUGUGGUGGUGAAACACACUAACUCCACCUGUGAACAAGGCUGGGAGCUGAAGGAAGGAGCAGCCCCGAUAUGUGCAGAGUCUCUGAAGGAGUCUGCAAGCACUGAGGUUUCUGCCUCUGUACCAGAAGACCAACAGAAAGUAAACGGUAUAGAGCAAGACGCUGACUGAUCUUACUGUGUGUGGUUUAAAGUAAAAUGGACAUCUUGACAGCAAAGUUGCAAAUAAUUGUAUUUGACUGCUUUUGUUACUUGGGCAGAUAUUGAUGUUAGAACGAUGUAUUGUUUGCAGGGAUUAAACAAGACUUUUUUUUACCCAG